CGGGCGACAGCGCUGCUGAACAUGGCGUCAGACGGGAUGAUUUUAACGAACCACGACCACCAAAUCCGGGUCGGAGUCUUGACAGUGAGUGACAGCUGUUUUCGGAACCUUGCAGAGGAUCGCAGUGGUGUCAACCUCAAAGAUCUCGUCCAUGAUCCCUCUCUGUUGGGAGGUAUGAUUGCAGCCUACAAGAUUGUGCCAGAUGAGAUAGAUGAAAUUAAGGAGACACUGGUGGACUGGUGUGACGAAAAGGAACUCAACCUCAUCCUCACCACUGGAGGCACUGGCUUCGCCCCGAGAGAUGUCACACCAGAGGCCACAAAGGAGGUGAUAGAGCGCGAGGCUCCAGGAAUGUCUCUGGCAAUGUUGAUGGGAUCACUCAACGUUACACCAUUAGGCAUGCUUUCCAGACCUGUGUGUGGUAUUCGAGGGAAGACACUCAUCAUUAACUUACCAGGAAGUAAGAAAGGUUCCCAGGAAUGCUUCCAGUUCAUCCUUCCAGCGCUGCCGCACGCUAUCGACCUCCUACGGGACGCAGUGGUGAAGGUAAAGGAGGCAGCAGAUGAGCUGGAGGAUCUGCCUUCACCACCACCACCUCUCUCGCCGCCUCCCAAUAGUUCGCCGCGUCGCCAGACAGAGGACAAAGGUGUGCAAUGUGAGGAGGAGGACGAGGAGAAGAAGGACAGCGGUGUGGCAUCCACUGAGGACAGCUCCUCUUCCCAUAUCACUGCCGCAUCCAUUGCCGCCAAGAUUCCAGACUCCAUUAUCUCACGGGGUGUGCAGGUGUUGCCCAGGGAUGCUGCCUCUCUCAGCACCACGCCUUCUGAGUCUCCCCGCGCCCAAGCCACCUCUCGCCUCUCUACCGCUUCCUGUCCCACACCCAAAGUGCAGUCGCGAUGCAGCAGCAAAGAAAAUAUCCUAAGAUCAAGUCACAGUGCAGUGGACAUCACCAAGGUGGCUCGGAGGCACCGUAUGUCCCCUUUCCCCCUCACCUCAAUGGACAAGGCCUUCAUCACUGUGCUAGAGAUGACUGCCGUCCUGGGCACUGAGAUCAUCAACUACAGAGAUGGGAUGGGUCGAGUCCUGGCUCAGGACGUUUAUGCCAAAGACAACCUGCCCCCCUUCCCUGCCUCUGUCAAGGAUGGUUAUGCUGUCAGAGCGGCUGAUGGCCCAGGCGACCGCUUCAUCAUUGGAGAGUCCCAAGCUGGAGAGCAGCCCACCCACACAGUGAUGCCUGGCCAGGUGAUGAGGGUGACGACAGGUGCCCCUAUACCAUGUGGGGCAGACGCUGUGGUCCAGGUGGAAGAUACUGAGCUCCUCCGAGAGUCUGAAGAUGGCACAGAGGAGCUGGAGGUACGAAUCCUAGUACAGGCUCGCCCAGGUCAGGACAUCAGACCUAUCGGUCAUGACAUCAAACGUGGGGAGUGUGUGCUGGCAAAGGGAACUCAUAUGGGCCCAUCUGAAAUUGGUCUCCUGGCGACUGUUGGAGUCACUGAGGUGGAGGUCCAGAAAUUCCCUGUGGUGGCUGUCAUGUCCACAGGAAAUGAGCUGCUGAACCCAGAAGACGACCUCCAUCCUGGAAAGAUCAGGGAUAGCAAUCGCUCCACCCUGCUGGCCACUAUCCAGGAACAUGGCUACCCCACUAUCAAUCUUGGCAUCGUGGGAGACAACCCUGAUGACCUUCUCAAUGCUCUGAAUGAAGGCAUCAGCCGUGCUGAUGUCAUCAUCACCUCAGGAGGAGUGUCCAUGGGAGAAAAGGACUACCUUAAGCAGGUGCUAGAUAUUGAUCUUCAUGCUCAGAUUCAUUUUGGUCGUGUUUUCAUGAAACCAGGUCUCCCAACAACAUUUGCCACCUUGGACAUAGAUGGUGCUCGCAAAUUAAUCUUUGCCCUCCCAGGAAACCCUGUGUCAGCUGUUGUCACCUGUAAUCUUUUUGUCAUCCCUGCCUUGAGGAAGAUGCAGGGCAUUUUGGACCCUAGGCCCACUAUCAUCAAAGCAAGGUUGUCUUGUGAUGUGAAGCUGGACCCUCGCCCUGAAUACCACCGCUGCAUUUUGACAUGGCAUCACCAGGAGCCUCUGCCGUGGGCACAGAGCACAGGGAAUCAGGUGAGCAGCAGGCUGAUGAGUAUGCGCAGCGCUAACGGGCUCCUGAUGCUACCUCCAAAAACAGAGCAAUACGUGGAGCUGCACAAGGGCGAGGUGGUUGAUGUCAUGGUUAUCGGCCGGCUAUGAUGUCAUCACAGAGGGACAGAGAGGUGGCGACGUAUAACGAGGGUUGGAAUGGGUGGUUCACGGUGCAUGUCCACAUAUCAUUGACUAUUCUGUAAUAUGCAAUGGCACAGCUAGUUUUUAUUGAUUUGGAUAACGUUGAGGUAUAGUCAACAUCUUGAUCACAACCUAGAUACAUAUGAAAAAAUUAAUUUAAAAAGAUUAUAGUAUUUCAAACAAAGAAAAUAUAACUU